CAUUUCUGAUUUCUGGCUCGGCUACUUAAUCGCCAUCCCCGAGCCACCGCCCAGUCCCUCCUCCGCCUCUGCCUCCGGUCUCGCUCCUUCACCGCCGCCGCCUGCCUCGCCUCGCCGCGCUCGGAGGAGGAGGAGGAGGAGACGGAGCCGAUGGCCGACAAGGAGAACAGCGCCGCCGCCGCCGCGCAGCCCCGCCUUACCCGCGCCGCCGCCAAGCGCGCGGCCGCCGUCACCGCCGUGGCUGUCGCCGCCAAGCGGAAGCGCGUCGCGCUCAGCGAGCUCCCCACGCUCUCCAACGCCGUGCUCAAGCCGCGGCAGCCGCAGCAGCCUAGGGCUAAGAAGGCCUCCCACGCCGCCGAGCCCAAGAAGCCCGCCCCGGCGCCGGCGCCGGCGGUGGUCGCGGUCGGCGAUGACGAUGAGGAGGGGGAUCCACAGCUCUGCGCGCCCUACGCCUCCGACAUCAACUCCUACCUCCGCUCCAUGGAGGUGCAAGCGAAGCGGCGGCCGGCGGCGGACUACGUCGAGACGGUGCAGGUGGACGUGACGGCCAACAUGCGGUCCAUCCUGGUCGACUGGCUCGUCGAGGUCGCCGAGGAGUACAAGCUCGUCUCCGACACGCUCUACCUCACCGUCUCCUACAUCGACCGCUUCCUCUCCUCCAACGCCAUCAACCGCCAGAAGCUGCAGCUGCUCGGCGUCUCCGCCAUGCUCAUCGCCUCGAAAUAUGAGGAGAUCAGCCCCCCAAAUGUGGAGGAUUUCUGCUAUAUCACUGACAACACCUACAUGAAGCAAGAGGUUGUCAAGAUGGAGAGAGAUAUACUGAAUGUUCUCAAGUUUGAGAUGGGCAAUCCUACAACCAAGACGUUCUUGAGGAUGUUCAUGAGAUCUAGCCAAGAAGAUGAUAAGUAUCCUAGCCUUUCCCUGGAGUUCAUCGGGAGCUAUCUUGCCGAGCUGAGCCUGCUGGAGUACGGCUGUGUCCAGUUCUUGCCAUCUGUUGUUGCAGCCUCAGUGGUGUUCGUCGCGAGGCUGACCCUUGAUCCAGACACCAAUCCUUGGAGCAAGAAGCUGCAAGAAGUGACCGGCUACAGGGCGUCUGAGUUGAAGGACUGCAUCACUUGCAUACAUGACUUGCAGCUAAACAGGAGAGGGUCAUCUCUCGUGGCCAUCCGGGACAAGUACAAGCAGCAUAGGUUCAAGGGCGUAUCGGCAUUGCUACCUCCUGUUGAGAUCCCUGCAUCAUACUUCCAAGACCGAAAUGAGUAGGUGUUCCUGGAUGAUGUAGUGAAAUUAACAUUUUGAGAUUUCCUCAAGAUAGAUCCAUGGUGACUGAAGUUGAAAGGGGGGAUGUUUCAGUCCAAUUACAUUGCAAGCAUUGUCCUACCUUGGAUGCUGCAGUGUCAAAGCUUAGCUAGGAGCUCAUAGGGUUGAUUUAUUAAGCUGAAGCUUAGGAGUACUUCAGUAGGGUGCUAGGCAUGUGGAGAGUUGUACCUCUGUAAUAUAUUCAUACAUUACAACCUGAUGCCUUAAUUUUGGGGCCAGAACUGCAAUACUUAAUUUGCUAGUUAUGCCAAAUUUUGUUUGGUAUUGGUUAUUGAUUCUUUUGUUCUUAUAGCUUGAGUAUUAUGACUUAAGAGUCAAGAUGCUUCUUAGUGGGAUCAUACAUG